AUGGGACAGUCGGGGAGGUCCCGGCACCAGAAGCGCGCGCGCGCCCAGGCUCAUCUCCGGAACCUCGAAGCCUAUGCCGCGCAGCCGCACUCGUUCGUGUUCGCUCGGGGUCGCGUGGGUCGCAGCGUUCAGCAGCUCAGUAUGGACUUGAGGCGGGUCAUGGAGCCGCUCACCGCCACCCGCCUGCAGAUACGGAAGAAAAACUCUCUGAAAGAUUGUGUAGCAGUGGCUGGGCCCCUUGGGGUCACGCACUUCCUGAUCGUGAGCAAAACAGAGACCAACGUCUACUUUAAACUGAUGCGUCUCCCAGGAGGCCCUACCCUGACCUUCCGGAUCAACAAGUACACGUUGGUUCGUGAUGUGGUCUCCUCGCUACGCCGGCACCGCAUGCAUGAGCAGCAGUUUGCCCACCCACCCCUUCUGGUACUCAACAGCUUUGGCCCCCAUGGCAUGCACAUGAAGCUCAUGGCCACCAUGUUCCAAAACCUGUUCCCCUCCAUCAACGUGCAUAAGGUGAACCUGAACACCAUCAAGCGCUGCCUUCUCAUCAACUACAACCCUGACUCCCAGGAGCUGGAUUUCCGCCACUACAGCAUCAAGGUGGUCCCUGUGGGUGCCAGUCGUGGGAUGAAGAAGCUUCUCCAGGAGAAGUUCCCCAACAUGAGUCGCCUGCAGGACAUCAGUGAACUGCUGGCCACGGGUGCAGGGCUGUCGGAGAGCGAGGCAGAGCCCGACGGCGAGCACAACAUCACAGAGCUGCCACAGGCUGUGGCGGGGCGCGGCAACAUGCGGGCCCAGCAGAGCGCCGUGCGGCUCACGGAGAUUGGGCCUCGGAUGACGCUGGAGCUCAUCAAGAUCCAAGAGGGGGUCGGAGAGGGCAACGUGCUGUUCCACAGGCUCGUGCACAAAACCGAGGAGGAGCUGCAGGCCAUCCUGGCUGCCAAGGAGGAGAAGCUCCGGCUCAAGGCCCAGAGACAGGACCAGCAGGCCCAGAACGUUCGGCGCAAGCGGGAGCAGCGAGAGGCUCACAAGAAGAAGAGCUUGGCGGGCAUGAAGCGGGCGCGGGCAGAGGCCGAUGGGGAUAGCGACGCAGAGGACCCCGGGGCCCCGCCAGAGGCAGAGGGGACCAGCCAGCAAGAGGAAGAAGAGGAUGAGGCUGAGUAUUUCCGCCAGGCUGUGGGCGAGGAACCUGAUGAAGACAUGUUUCCAAAGGCAGCCAAGAGGAGGCGGCCUGCUGGGCCCCCAGGCAAGAAGCAGCAGCUGAAGGAACGGAAGCCAGACCGAGGCAGUGCCAUGCAGUGCCCAGUCAACUUCUCAGAGGCUGCGGAUCGCAUCCUCAGUGGCCUCCAGGAGGACUUCCUGUGGCCCAUGCUGGCAGCCGAGUUCCUGGUGGCCUUGGCCGGCAAUAGCCUGGCCCUGUACCGCUUCUGCAGCCGGGAGCAGCGCCCUUGGCCCCCAGCUGUGAUCUUCUCGGCCCAGCUGGCGGUCAGCGACCUGCUCUACGCCCUGACACUGCCCCCCCUGGCUGCCUACUUCUACCCGCCCAAGCACUGGCGCUACGGGGAGGCUGCCUGCCGCCUGGAGCGCUUCCUCUUCACCUGCAACAUGCUGGGUAGCGUCAUCUUCAUCACCUGCAUCAGCCUCAACCGCUACAUGGGCAUCGUCCACCCCUUCUUCACCCACAGCCAACUGCGGCCCAAGCACGCCUGGGCUGUCAGCGCUGCUGGCUGGGCGCUGGCAGUCCUGCUUGCCGCCCCCACGCUCAGCUUCUCUCACCUGAGCCGGUCCCAGCAGAAAGGCCAGUGCUCUGUGGCCAGUCCGGGGGCCUGUAUCAAGUGCCUGGGGACAGCGGAUGACAGCCAGCUCGAGGCCUACCGGGUCUACCACCUGGUGCUGGCAGCCCUGGGCUGUGGCCUGCCACUGCUGCUGACCCUGGCAGCCUACGGUGCCCUGGGGCGGGCCGUGCAGCACAGCCACGGCAUGACGGCGGCCAGCAAGCUGCAGGUCACGGUGCUGGUGGCCAGCGGCGUGGCCCUCUACGCGAGUUCCUACGUGCCCUACUACAUCACAGCGACGCUCAACAUGUACGCCCGGCUGCGCUGGCGAGCCCUCUGCCCGGGUUUUGAGAACAAGGCCUCGGCUGAGAAGGCCCUGGCCUGGAGAACAUACUUUGCCCACCAGGUGACCCGGGGCCUGGUGCCCCUGGCCAUCUGCAUCCACCCGCUGCUCUACAUGGCUGUGGUGCCCAGCCUGGCCUGCUGCCGCCAAUGCUGCCCAGGCUGUGGGCAGGGUCAGACCCCAGGGGACACUGCAUGCCAAGCCCUGCCCCUCAAUGUCACAGCCACCACCCAAACCUCAGGGCUCCAGUCUCCCAAACUGAGCCCAUGA